AUGGAUGACGACCGUAAAAAACGAUGGUCCUUCAACCAUCAUCUCCCAUCCAACCCUCCUCUUUCUUCCACUUCCUCCACCCAAACCACCGAUCAUCCUCCUUUUCUCUCUCCUCCAUACACCCAAUCCUUAGAAAAUCAAUUAUCUCAUCUUUCUUUAUUAGGUUCGGGUUCAGCUUCCCUAAACCCUAACCUACCACGCACUGUUAAUAAUAAUAAUAACAAUCUUGAUAAUCUUCAACACCCUUCUUACCCUCACCCUCGCACUCCUUUUGAUUUGGAUACAUUCCGACCUUAUUACGCCGGUGCUAGUACUCAAAUACCAGCUAGUUUUUUGGCUGCGUUCUCUUCAUCGUCAUCUUCGUCGUCGUCUAAUCAACCGAACCUCAAUAACUACUAUGGUUCGGGUUCGGGUUCGGGUGCGGGUUCGGGUGCGGGUUACAAUUAUAAUGAUAUGAAUCAUUCUAGUAUUCUUCUACGUAACGGGUUUACCGGGUUUAACGGAUUUCGAUCAAGUUUGAGUGAUGAUCUUGAGUUACGUAGAUCAUACCUUGAGCAUAUUAGUAAUGUUGUGAAUAAUCUGUUGUGUAAUGGGUAUAUGAAUGAUCAUAAUCAUCAUAAUCAUAGUUAUAGUUCAAAUAGUAUUAAUUAUAAUAAUAACAAGAAGAGGAUGGUUAGAAGUCGGGGUUAUAACAGUAAUUAUCGUAGUGGUAGUGGUGUUGUAACGACUCCAGUAAAUUUGUUUUAUGAUCCGACUUCUUGGGAAGAAAUCAAGGGGAGAGUUGUUGAUUAUGUGAAAGAUAAGAGUUUAAGUCAAUUAUUGAUUAGGAAGUUUGAGUCUGGGAAAAUGGAAGGGAUUAAGAUGGUUGUUUCUGAGAUUAAAGAGGGUAUUAGUGAGGUUUUGUUUAAUGCAAAUGGAAGUCAAUUCUUUCAAAAACUGUUGGAUUUUCUUGAUCAACAAGAUAUUGUUGAAUUAUUGAAGGGUGUAAUGGCUAAUCAGCGCGAAUUCGUUGAUAUAUGCUUUGAUUGUCACGGGACUAGAGCAGUGCAGAAAUUGCUGCAAACUGUGGAUGCGAAUAACCGGGAGGUUAGGAUGGUGGUGUUGAAUGCAAUAAGGGGAGUUGGAGUGACUUUAACCAAAAAUCUGAAUAGUUAUCAUGUUUUUGAUGAGCUCUUAAAAGCUUUCCAACAAGCUUCUGAAGUUAUUUUCCCUCUCCUUGGUGAAAUUGCAGAUCACACUGUAAACAUAGCAGUGGACAAAAGUGGGUGUUGUGCACUGCAAAACUGUAUAGAACAUGGUAGAGGACCCGAACGUGAUCGUAUUAUUUAUGAGAUCAUAGCUCAUGCUGCAGAAUUAUCUGAAGAUGCUUAUGGGAACUAUGUUGUGCAAUAUGUAGUUGGGAUGAAAACUGAUCCUCAUGCUAGAGUCGAAGUCUUUAGGAUUCUGAUGGGGAAAUUUGUAUAUUUGAGUAAAAGCAAGUUUGGCAGCCAUGUCGUUGAGAAAUGCUUAAAAGAAGCUGAUGAUGAACAUUUCAACCUUAUCAUUGGAGAAAUUAUUGAAGAUCCUAGAGUGUUUUUGGAGAUUGUCCAGCAUCCUAUGGGUAAUUUUGUGGCUCAGACUGCGUUAGAAAGAUCCCAGGUGAGAGCCUGA